UAAGUUUCUUUAAUUUUUUACUAGAAAAAUUUCUACUUUGAAGAGAUCAUGUACUUAAUAAAUAACACAACUUCUUAUAAUGAGAAACACAUAAGUGAUGUUUUGCCCAUUACUGGUGCAUCACCAAUGUGGUUUUUCUUUUUUAUGAUACAAGGAUGUGUUAUAGUUAUUGCUAAUCUUACCCUGAUUGUUGUUAUUGCAUUGAGUACUCGAUUACACAAGAUUCACUCUAGCAAAUUUUUGAGAAGUUUUUUGUUUUCUCAUUGUGUUUUUGGUUCUACUGAGAUAAUGGUGGCAGUAGCAUAUUGGAACAAGCAAUUCUCAGAUAAAAAUAAUUCUUACACAACAUUUUUGCAUCGUUAUAUGCCUAUAUUAGUUGCAUGGCUGUUUACAAACUUACUUGUGCUUACUUUGGAUAGAUUUUUUUAUAUUAGGUUUCCGUUCCAUUACAGCCAACUCACUGAAUUUAAAAUUUUUUUAAUCAUUGGUAUGUCUUGGGUGUUGCCUCUCUUGCUUUUAUUUGUUCCUAAUACAUCUCAGACAAUUGUUAAUGAAAUUAUAUUUCUAUCCUUACUAAUGAUGGCAUUUUUUGUAUUACUUAUUUCAAACAUUUGCAUAUAUCGAAUUGCAAGGGUGCAUCAAAAAUCAAUUACAAAACAACGUAAAUCACUGAAUAAAUCAGAUUCUGAUGAAACAAAACAACUCAACUCAAAGAAACAUUUUAAUGCAGUAAAAGUCUGUUUUGGAAUGGUUGUAACAUUUUUGAUAUUUUGGACUCCAUUGUUUAUUCAUGGUGUAACAUUAUUAUGUGGAAUUCGGCACCCUACAUUUACUAUAGUUACUGUUCUACUAGCAUUUGGCAAUAGUGUGGUUGACCCAAUUCUUUACAGCAUACUGAGUGUUGACUUAAGAUCAGAAGUUCGUAUAAUGUUACACCCAUUUUUGAGAAAAUAAAACUUACAGAAUUUGAAUUGCAAAAAAAAAACUAAUGUUUUUUACCGUGCUUAUACUUAAAUUAUUUAAUUUGCUGUAACAAACAUCCCUUAUAUUUUUUUAUUUAUUUCAGGUUGAUAUCAGGUGUAAAAAUGUAGAUUUAAAAGGGUAUAUAUUUUAGUGUUACUUAA